UCACCGUUGCCGGGGUGACAGUAUCCAAAUACGUGCUGUAGCUUGGCAACAGUGCCUAAACAAAAGGCUUGCAGGCAGCAGGGCUGAUUUAGCUGGCUGGGUUCAAGAUGAGCCGACCCGCCAGUAGCCUUAAUGAAAGAGGGGUCAACCAAAAUGAAGAACCAGGGGGUCAUCUCUCUGUGUUCACCAAAACUCACACCGCUGCAGUGAAUCCUGACACGAGGCUAUUGUCCGCCUUCAAGACAGACACUCACGCCAGCAAAGUGUACCUGGCAGGGAGAGAGUAUUUCAGUGAGGAGGGGCAGACCUUUGAGCUGCGUCUUGUUGGGAAAAUAAAGCAACAGCUACACACUGAUCCCACUCUGCGUCCAGAGUAUCCAUCUUCCCUUGGUCUGACAGAAUUCACCAGGCGAGCCACGGAGGCUGCUUUGGGGAAGAGCUCCAAGGCUAUAGUGGAGAACCGGGUGUUAGGUGUCCAAACUCCUGGUUUCACCAGUGCUGUGCGUCUUGGGGCUGAACUCUUGAGACACUGGUAUGAUGUCAGUACUACUUGGGACGGGCCGGUCUACCUCUCUUCCCCUUGUGACAACUCAUUGGCUACUAUCUUCCAGGCAGCAGGGAUUCAAGACAUCCGUGAAUAUUAUUACUGGGAUGACGAGCAUCGGGGUGUUUGUUUGGAGAAGCUUCUGGGGGAUCUGGAGAGGGCUCCGGAGCAAAGUGUUGUUGUUCUGUCAGCCUCUGCCCACUACCCAACGGGAGCAGACCUCUCUCCGAAUCAAUGGGCCGUGAUUACACAACUCGUCAUGAGGCGGCGGCUUUUUCCUUUCCUCUUGCUGCCCGCACAGGCGCUUUGCUGUGGAGAUUUAGUGCGGGACGCCUGGCCUAUACAGUACUGUGCAUCUCUGGGGAUGGAGCUCCUUUGUGCUCAAUCGUUCUCCCACUGUUUCGGAUUGUAUGGUGAAGCUGUCGGACACCUCCUGUGCGUCUUAAAGCACAACUCCCUCCUGUUAGCGGUGCAGUCUCAAGCUGACAAAAUAGUCAGAUCGCUUUGGGCCCGGCCGUCUGUUGGAGGAGCACAUGUUGUUGCCACUGUGCUCGGCAACCCAGCCCAUUAUGUUGAAUGGCAGGGAGAAGUGAAGCGUAUUGUGGAAAGAUGUAUGCUGAUCAGAGAAGUCUUGAGAGAAAGGUUGAGGCUUUUGGGAUCUCCGGGUUGCUGGGACCACCUGAUUCAACAAAGUGGCCUCUACUGUUGUACAGGCUUGAAUGGUCAGCAGGUGGAAUUUCUGAUGAAAAGGAGACAUGUGUACCUGCUACCCAGUGGCUGUCUAAACAUGAGUGCAAUCAACGGCCGUAACCUGGACUAUAUAGCCGAGUCCAUCCAUUUGGCUCUGACCACUUCACUCUGAUCAUGUGGCUUUUGAUCAAGAUCUGAAAUCAGUGUCACAGACGCAUAAAUUUUAACCUUUCAAAUGUCUCAUUGAAAUGCUCGGUUUCAGGUUUGUUCCAGUGAUUGCAAAGAGAAUGCAAACACACACACAGUAUACAGACAUACGUGAAUAUUUAUACCACAAUUGUGAUAGAUAUUACUUUGGUGCUAAUUUUGCGUAGUCUGCCAGAACCUGGAUAAUUUCAUUUGGAAUGUAGUUAUUCAGCACAUGUUCAUUUAUUUAUUUAAUCAUUUUUGGAAAAUCCACUUCUUUGCUUUCUUGCCAAGAGUUAGAUUAGAAGAUCAACACUUCUCCAUUUUUCCAUUAAAUACGAAGUCAAUUAGCUUAUUUUAGCUUGUUAGCUUGGCUCUGUCCAAAAGGAGCAAAAUCCACCUACCAGCACCUUUAACGCUCACUAAUAAAACGUUAUAUAUUUUGUUUUCUCAAUGAGUACAAAAACUGAAGUGUAAAAACACCAAUUUGUGGUUUUACGGGAGGUUAUAUGCAGGACUAUUUCUUAGUCAGGCACAGUGACAAAACCACAAUUUGUCACUUGUACAGGUUAAAAAAGGUAGUUAAAUCAGUGGAUUUUGUCUGAGUGGGUACACACUGUAAGUUGUUAGACAACUAGAGACAACAGAUCUGUAGAUGCUGUGCAGAAAUGGUCACUGACCGGCACUGUCCACUAUAAGUUGAAUCCUGAACUUAUCAGUAGCCAAAGGGUAACCUUUACAGGGAUGAUCUUUAGACAAGCAGCUAUAUAUUGCUUACUGUAUUAAAAGCAGAAAGGAUGGUUUCCUGCUUCAUGAACUCCCUUCAGCUGUGAACAUCAGUCAGAAAAAUCCAUCUUAUAUAUCUUAUAUAUUGGAAACAUAUGCUGUGGACACAGCAGAUCACAGCUGCCUUCAUAAUUCAGCUGGGUUUGCUGAAUAAACAGCUGAAGUAAAGCCAGAACUGAAAUAUUGUCACAACUGUCCAUGCUUCUCAUUAGAAAGUCUAAUGCAUUCCCGUAUCUAUAAAAACAUACAGUAUGCACAAGCUUGAUGCAUUUCUAUGGCAGUCUUUGAUUCUUUGUUUCUUUUGCCUCAUAUAAUAUUUCUUCUCAGCAACAAAUGUCAUGUGUCAGUGCAGGACUGGGUUUAAUAACAGCCACAAUUACAAUCUGACUGGCCAAAGCAGCAGAAAGAAGGAAUUAGAAAAAUGAUUUUGAUUUCACUGACCUUAUUUCAAAAUUAAUUUUCUGGAGGCAAUCAUAGUUUUAACAGGUUGCAUCUGCAAUGUAGUAACCUUUCUUCUAAAAAGAGCUUUACUUGUACACAGAGACUGUAUUGUCAUAUGCCCCGGUAAUUGUUUUAGAAGCAUUUCCUUUCCACUCAACUAAGAAACAUUUCCAAAUGCUGUGAAUGUAUUAUACAGCAAAUUAUUGUUCAUCUGGAAACAUAAGUGAGUAAUCCCAGUUCAUGAACGUCUGUGUAGCAGUAAUGGAGCAAUACAAAAAUUAGUAUUAUUUUCUUGUUUUGUUAAAAGAUAACAUACUUUCGGAAAAACACAAGGCUUUUAUCUAACUAACUUUAUAUCCUCGGUAGACUUCCUCUCAUUUGUGAGAUACGCCACUAUUGUCACUGUAUGCUGUUUAGUUCUGGGAAACCGGUUGCGACAAGGUAUUUAAUGGAGGCGGUGUGCUCGCUCUUUUCAUUUCGGUGACCUUGGGUGCACAAUGAGGAUAAUCAGCAUCCACCAUCAUACAGAGACUGAGCCAUUAGACGCUGUGCAGCCCUUUGAUUUGCAUCUGAGCGUGCUUACAUGUACACAGUGGUGCAGAUACUCACUCGUAUCACAGGUUUGAAGUUUGAGAUAAGUUGUUUACAUGCCUCCUCAGAUUCCACGUGCAGUUAUUCACACAUAUGUGAAUAAAGAGCAUUGCCUUAAUACAAAUAUUACCAUGGAAACUGAACUUGCAUGGACCGCAAAAAUAUGAGAAAGGUGUUGCUUGCCUUCCAGCUAAUAUCAGCAUUUCCUAACAAUCAUAUUCAGCUUUAUAUUGGGGCACUACUGAAUUUAAUAGUUAAUACAGGAAUAUAAAUGUGAGCAAACACAAUGUUUCAAAAGUUAAAUUUAUGCAAUUUAUCUGAAUUAAAAUGUCCAAAAAUGUUCCUCUUAAACAGUGAUCACCAUGACCCAAGAUUUGGGCAUGAAUUGUGUGGUACCACUUUCUUGUAAGUCACCCUUUAUGAUUUAUAAUAAUGCCUUUACUAAUGUCAAUAAAUUAUGUUCUGUUUAUCCUU